UGUUAGUUUAUACGAUCUUCAUAUCUUAUUCUCAUUACCCUAAGUUGAGCAGUCUAUAAUGGCGUCUUUGAUGUUUACUGUUUCGACGUCUCCUCUCCUCCAUCCUAGCAUCCGCAACAAUGCUUUCAUGCCCCGCAGAUGCAUCGGCCACAUUCGUUUACACACCACUCCAUCUAUACGUGGCUGCACUCUCUCCAUUCGCUCCUCUUCUUCUCCGGAUGCUGGAUUUACCUGUAUUGAUGGAAAGAAAGAGGGAAAAAGUAUUAGUGAUGAAAUCAAAAUCGAAGUUUCAAGAAUGGAUGCAUCAAUCCAUGUGGUCCCUGGAUUAGCUGUAAUACUUGUUGGGGAUAGCCAAGAUUCCGCAAGUUAUGUAAGCAACAAAAAGAAAGCUUGUGGAUCUGCUGGGAUUAAAUCGGUUGAUGUUUGUCUACCUGAACAUUCCUCAGAGGAAGAUGUGUUGAAACAUAUCUUAAGCUUCAACAAUGAUCCUUCUAUCCAUGGAAUCCUUGUUCAGUUGCCUCUACCAUCGCAUUUGAAUGAAGCAAACAUAUUGAAUGUGAUUAAAAAAGAGAAAGACGUUGAUGGAUUUCACCCAUUUAAUAUGGGACUUCUUGCCAUGCGGGGACGUGAACCCGAUUUUGUUCCGUGUACUCCAAAGGGAUGCAUCGAGUUAUUGCACAGAUACAACGUUGAGAUCGAAGGAAAAAGAGCUGUUGUUAUCGGAAGGAGUAACAUUGUUGGUAUGCCAGUUGCUCACUUACUGCAGAAUGAGGAUGCAACUGUUACCACUAUCCAUUCAAAAACCAAGAACCCUGAAGAAAUCGCACGGGAAGCUGAUAUCCUAAUCGCAGCGGCUGGGCAACCAAACAUGGUUAGAGGAAGCUGGAUAAAACCAGGAGCAGUCGUCAUUGAUGUUGGGAUUAAUCACAUUGAGGAUCUAAAUGCUCCACGUGGCCGUCGAGUGGUUGGGGACGUUUGCUAUGAGGAGGCUUGCAAAGUUGCAUCAGCCAUCACACCAGUUCCUGGUGGUGUAGGACCAAUGACCAUAGCGAUGCUUCUAUCCAACACUUUAACAUCGGCUAAGAGAAUCCACGAAUUCGAGUGACCUUUGAGGAAGAUUGAUGGCACUUUUUUUAAUUACCAGUUUUGCUCUUUUGGAUCCAAUAGUUUAUCUGGUCUUUUCAUAAAAUGCACCCCAACAGAGUUUUAGGUGGGAUAUAAAAUUUGUUAUUGUUUUACAUUUGUUUACUUCUUGUCUAUUUGUUUUUGUCAUUUGAUUCAGAACUA